UUAAGGUACCGAAUUACACUUUACCCAAUAUGUCUGCGCCCAUGAUGAAGUUUUGCAUUUUUCUAAGAAACUGCCGAUUUCGCUCAUAAUUACUAUGCCAUGAACUAUUUUAAUGAUACAUUAAUCCAGGAUGAGGUUUAUAACUAUUUUGCAAGGAAUACCCCCGAGAAUAUCAUUGUCGCAGCGACGGUAUAUCUUCAAUGGAAAGAAGUCGGGGUCAAACUCGAAGAAAAGCAAAAAAUAUAGUAGCACAUUAAACUUGCCGCAGACAAGCUUUGCUAUUUCGAUGAGAGAGUCUUCGAUUCGAGAGAAAGAUAUUCAAAAAAUAUGUGGGUUUAAGGACCUGUAUCAUUGGCAAAGGGAGAAUAAUACAGGAAAAGAAUUCAUACUACAUGAUGGUCCUCCUUAUGCAAAUGGCAAGACACAUGUUGGCCAUGCUAUUAAUAAGAUUUUGAAAGAUAUUGUAUGCCGUUACCAUAUGUUGAGAGGGAGCUGUGUACACUAUGUACCAGGCUGGGAUUGUCAUGGACUUCCUAUAGAAUUGAAAGCAUUAAAGAAUAAAAGCCAACAGAAUCUGUCACCUCUUCAGAUAAGAGACAUUGCAAAGCAGUUUGCCGAUGGGGCUGUUCAGACACAGAUGUAUAGUUUUAAACAAUGGGGUGUGAUAGGGGACUGGGAUAAUCCUUAUUUUACAUAUAAUCCUCAAUAUGAGGUGGAACAGUUAGAAGUAUUUCUUCAGAUGUAUGAAAAGGGUUAUAUCUACCAAGAUCUGAUGCCAGUGUUUUGGUCUCCUUCAUCAAGGACAGCUUUAGCGGAGUCAGAAUUAGAGUACAAGGCUGACCAUGUUAGCACAUCUAUAUAUGUAAAAUUCCCCAUUACAGAUACAUCUAGUCAAAUAAAGAAUUUAAUAGAAAAUUCUCACCAAUUUCAUGCUGUAAUAUGGACAACAACUCCAUGGACAAUUCCUGCAAAUCAAGCAGUUUGUUAUGGUGAAGAUAUCAGCUAUGUAUUGAUGGAAGAUGAAUCCUCGAGAGAUGUUUUUAUAUGUGAGGAGAGUUUUACUGAAAAACUGACAAACAUUGUUGGAAAACCACUAAUAUGUAUUGGCACCAUUUCAGGUGCAGCCCUUCAAGGUGUUAUAUACAGACAUCCAUUGACCAAUGAAAGUCUCCCAUUUCUUCCUGGCAGUCAUGUGACUUCUAAUAAAGGCACAGGAUUGGUCCAUACUGCCCCAGCACAUGGUCAUGAUGAUUUCCAUCUUGCAAAAAGUCUUGGAAUACAAAUAAAAAGUGCACUAGAUGAUAACUGUUGUUAUACUGAGGAGGCUGGACCCCUGUUACAAGGGAAGACUGUUGGUAAAAAUGCUGGAGAAGCAGUGAUAGAUUUACUUGGUGCAAGUCUGAUACAUAAGGAAGAUUUUGUCCAUAGUUACCCAUAUGACUGGAGAACUAAAAAACCGGUGAUCAUACGUGCCAGUAGACAAUGGUUUAUAGACACGCAAGCUUUAAAACCAAGGGCCCUGGAAUGUUUGAAUGAUGUCACAGUGUAUCCUAGCAACCUAAAACAUCUCAUGGAAAAGCAGUUAGACUCGAGAACAUACUGGUGUAUCUCUAGACAGAGGGUGUGGGGACUUCCUAUACCUGUCUUCUACCAUAAACAUACACUCAAACCAUUAAUAAACAGAGUUAUAGUAGAGCAUAUAAAGGAGCUGGUAGGUAAACAUGGGUCAGACUGCUGGUGGUCUAUGUCAAACAAGGAACUUCUUCCUGAUGAAUUACUCAAACAGAAUGGACUGGGUGCAAGUGAUGACUAUACAAAAGGAGAAGAUAUAUUAGAUAUCUGGUUUGAUAGUGGGGCAUCCUGGGCAGCAGUGCUAGGUGACAAACAAGCAGACGUGUAUAUGGAAGGAACCGAUCAGUUCCGGGGCUGGUUUCAGUCAUCUCUUCUUACAUCAGUGGCAGUAAAAGACAGAGCGCCUUACAAAAGUUUAGUUGUACAUGGGUUUACAAUGGAUGAAGAUGGAAAAAAGAUGUCCAAGUCAAUAGGUAAUGUGGUAGAUCCAGAUGUAGUCAUUAAUGGUGGAAAGAAUAAAGAGAAGGAGCCAGCCUAUGGUGCUGAUGUUUUAAGGUGGUGGGCUGCUGUUGCCAAUUUACAAACACAUUCUACCAUAGGAAAAUCAAAGCUGGAUCAGAUGUUAGGAGAAAUAUAUGAGUUGAGAAAGUCAUUAAGAUUUCUGUUGGGUAACAUUAGUACUGGGAGUUCACCAGAACCUGUUGACUAUAACUUACUGUGGCCUCAAGAUAAAUAUAUGCUCUACCAACUCUAUAAACUAGGAACUCAGGUUGUGAAAUUUUAUGAAAAUUACGAGUAUGUAAAGCUGCUACAUGCUGUGGAUAUAUUCUGUAAAGAGGAAGUGUCCAAAUUCUAUUCUGUGAUUGUCAAAGACAGGUGUUAUUGUGGAGAGAAGGAAAGUUUACCUCGUCAAGCUAGUUUGACCACUCAGUACUAUAUAUUAGAUGUUCUGACAAGGUCACUGGCACCAAUCUUACCACAUAUAACUGAAGAUCUCUAUUACCAUUACCCACCUAGUAGGCGGAAAAAAGAUGUGGAUAGUUUAUUCAAAACUGGUUGGUAUAGUCUUCCUGAAGAGUGGAAUAACUUAGAUAUUGUACAUACGUUUGAGCCAGUAAUGGAUAUCAGAGAUCAUCUACAAGAUGUCAUCCAAUCAGAGCCUUCCAUUGAAUUUGAUGUCCUCAUUUAUACAAGUAGCUUACUAUAUAACAAAUUAAAGGAGUUACAGAAGGAUCAUACAUCCAGUGAGUCAGCUCUGUGUGAGAUAUUUCAAACAGCUAGUACAACAUUGACCGACGAGGCCCUUACUGUCAUACCUGAUGAUGUGCAGGCAGUUAAUGGCAUUUGUAACGUUCAUAUGAAAGAUGGAUUCAAACAUCCAGAGAAAUAUGUGAUUAUUUUAAAAGAUACAGAUUGUUUCCUCUGUGAACGUUGUAGAAGAUUUACUGCCGAGUCAGCAGAUUCACCAUGUCAUCGAUGUAUGGAUGUUCUAGCUACAGGAUGGGAAAACUAAAACAUUUUAAAAUAAAACCCUUAGAUUUUAUCUUUUAACAAACUUUACAGCCAUGAUACUGGUGGCUUUUAUUCAAUUUAGAGUAAUAUGAAUAUAGCUAGAACUAAAAACAAGUGGUAGAUUUUUCUAAUUUGCAAAAGACACAAAAAACAAGUUUCAUGUAAAGUUCAUCUUUUUAAAAAUGAUAAUGGUUAUGGGAAAAGAAAGCAGCCUGAUCACUGCCUUUUUGACAAUUAGAACUAUAAUUUAAUGUACAUGUUGUAUGAAUGGUGCUUGUGGUGUUAAUUAACAUGUGUUGUUUUAAUUCAUUGUUUGCAAAAGUUAAUGAACGGUAUCUAGGGCUCUGUAAAUUUAAUUUUUCAAUUGUUACUGAUGAUCUGUUAAGAUGUUUAUGAUAAUCGUAAAGUAGUAAUACUUUAUUAAAUGUAUAUUAAUCUUAGCCUGGGUAUUUUCACCUAAGCUUUAGUCAUUUGGGGAUGUUACAAGUACUGAAUUUUCAGUACAAGGUAACAAACAAGUUCUUGGAAAAGUGCCAAGUUAGUACUGUAAUUCAUCCUGGCACUUCACAUUAUUUCUAAGGACUUUAUAUUGGUACUCAAGAGUACUUCAAUAACUUAAAUAAAGAAAAAUAUAUUUUACAGGAUUUAUCAGACAUGUCUUAUGUUAUAACAAAAACAAGAAAGAAAUAUAUUUAAUUUUUAAACCUUGAUUGUCAUUUAGUGUGUAUUACACAAUUUUAAAGCAGUUAAAGUUGAAAAAAAAAUCUUUUACUGAAUGUUAGGAAAAUAGAGAUACAAAAAUGAUUAAGAUGGCAGACUAGAUUUUACUUAACGCAUUUUAAACUUUUACCUCACAUAAUCUUAUAGUAAAUUUAACCAACAGUAUGAAGCCUGGUCAGACUGUAACAAUGUAGAGAGGCUGACCUGGCUCUAUACUGCUGGCAUAUAUCCAGCAUUAUUGCUUCUAAAGUCUGGUGUGUUAAAAAAAACAAAAUGGCUGCCAUUAGGAAAUAUAAUUUUAGACAGGAUAUUUUGUAUAAAUAUAUGGCAGUGUUUAUCAUGUAAGAUGAUUGAAUAUACUGUUAUACUUCAUGGUCAGUGAAGAUCAAGUUAAGUGCUUGCUGUUUUUGUAUUUGUUCUAUAUAAGUUCUAAGUUGGUAUUUAUUAAAAAAUCUUUUUAUUUAUGAAAAAUAAAAGUGUAAACAAAGAA